UGCGGUAGCUAAAAUGCGUUGCUGCUCUGUAGGAGUUACAUAACAGCGGCCAGCCUCUCUUAUUUUGGAUUUACUGGAAUUACGCUACUCGAGAAAACAGGGGGCGAGUUAGCUAGCUAGCUGAGAUAGCUUUAGCUAGCUAGCUGCAUUGUUUUUGUACUUCAUGAAAUCCGUAUCUGGUCUCGUCUUUGCUGUUCUACAUUAAUUUCCGUCAGAAAAGGCUCAUUUGAGGUGUUUCUGCCAAACAAGGAUGACGAAGGAAAAGAGGAGGAAGAUGCGUCCAGCUGUGCGAACGGGUGAGAAACGCUACGUCAUUUAUCCCGUCCAUUGAAGGCCUCCAGGGACUGGCCUGCUUCUAGACCCCAACACAAGGAACGAUGGACUACAGGCAGCACAGAGACAAGACGAGGGCCAGCUACUUUGGCAACGUCAAGAACAGACUGGGCACCAAGCUGCCUGCAGGCGUCACCCAACCUCCAGGUUUCUUCACGGGGCCGUGGGACGCCACCUCCCGCGCUAAUGGAGCCCGGAACGUUCUGACUAAAGCAGAGGGCAGCACCGGACGGCAUCACAUCCGCAACCCAAAACUGAGGCAGUAUUACCUCAAAGAGGCUGCUUUCCCAUCUGAUGCAAACAAAACGCUGGAAUCGUCGGAUGAAUCAAGCAGGAGAAAUGAGCAAGAGGUUCAUCAGGGGGACACCGUGUUUAGUGUGGCCUCUCAGUUCAGUGACAGACCAACAGAUACUACACUACCCACAACCACCUGCUCUGCCCUCUCAACCACACAGCAGCUCUGUGUCCCCCAAAGCAAGGCCUCCUCCACCCAAGGACGGCCACCUCUGGCGACAACCCCUGACCUCUGUCCAAGUUCGGAGCCCAGAAUGGAUGCUGUGACCCCCACAACCCCUGUUUCUCCUUCAACAGACGCAGAAUAUGACAAGCUACUGGACGUGGAGGCGGUGCCAAUGCCUGAUGGCCAGCUGUGCCUAUUGGCUCUCCCGCCUGAGUGCACACAGGGGGAGGGGCCAACAGACAUGCCUUACCUCAAGUUGUUCUGUCGUUUCAUCACCGACCGGAAAGGUGUGGUCUCUGGGAUUCUCCUGGUGACGGCCAACAAGAUCUUCUUUGACCCUCAUAAGUCCCUCCCUCUGGUGCAGGAGAACGGCUGUGAGGAGUAUCUGUUCUCCUGCAGUGUGGACAACCUGGCAUCAGUCAGCUUCUUCUCCGAUAUCUCCCACGUUCACUUCAGCAAAUCUACACAGAGGUGGAAGGGUCGUAAGAAGUCCUCAAAAAGCAAAACUUCAAAAGACACAAUCAAAGAGAUCCAAAGUGAAAUCCACAGUGCUACACCUCAGUCCAAGGCAGAGGCCAUUCCUGCGCUGGUGAGAUCAGUGACCUGGGACCUCCACACUUCUCUCAGGACGAGAGCAGAGACGAGCACAGGGGAGGAAGAGGGUGAGAGCCGAGACAUGGCCGAGGUGGAGCGGCAGCUGGAACAGCUCGCUCUGGAGUCCUCUGGGACGCUGGGAGCAGCCGUACUGAGCAGCGCUGCCACCUUCUGCUGUGGAGGAGCCAACACAGCGUUGGAGCAGGAUUAUAGAACAGAGCAGCAACCAUGUUUGAAGAAGCAGAUUUCAGGCCAAGGCUGUGCCAGCUCCCUGAUGUUUGUGAGAAUGCGUCAGAAGCCUCAGGCUGCAAAGAAGAAGGGCUUUGCAGCUCUGGAGCUGAGCAAAGCCAGACCUACAGCCUGCAGAGAUGCCUGGUUCACCCUGCAGCAGGACAGUUCAGACGAGCUCUACGCUUACCUGACCCAGCACAGGCCGGACCUGUGCAUCCUGGAGGGAGGCGAGGAUGAGGAGGUGGAGAGAGACGAAGAUGACUUUGUGCUUGUUGAUGAAGGAGAGAGGGGAGAAGAGGAAGAAGAGGAGUCUCCAAGGGAUGGACGCGCUGGGGACGAAUGGGAGAUGGUGUGUGUGGAGGACAGCAGGGGGAGGGGCUCGCUCUCUUUAGAUAAAGAACCAGAAGGACUGAGUGACAUUCUAAAGCAAAGCCUCAUACUGAACGCACAGCAUGUCCGAGAGCUCUCAAGUGAGUUGCCUCCGCGUACGGUUGGUCACUCGUGGAAGCUGGCCUACAGCACUAGCAAACAUGGCGCCAGCCUCAAAACCCUGUACAGGAAACUGAGCGUUUCAGACUCGCCCGUCCUUCUGCUCAUCAGAGACGACAACCAGCAGGUAUUUGGCAGUUUCCUUUCUCACUCGCUGCGGCCAAGCGACACGUUUUAUGGUACAGGAGAGACUUUCCUCUUUCUGCUGCACCCUCGCUUUAAGAGUUUCCGUUGGACUGGUGAAAAUUCUUUCUUCAUCAAAGGAGACCUGGAUUCUUUUGCCAUCGGUGGUGGAAGUGGUCACUUUGGCCUGUGGCUGGACGAGACGCUGUACCUGGGCAGGAGCAGCCCCUGCUACACCUUCAACAACUGCAGUCUGUCUGAGACCAGUGACUUCAGAGUGUUGGAGCUUGAGGCCUGGACCUUCUGGUGACCCCAAGGACCCCCAGACCAUUUCCCAAAACAUCACAGCACAAAGGGCUUCAUUUGAUGGUAGAGUGGACAUUAGUUUGAACAGUCUCUAAGAGAUAAGAUGACCUGUGAUGGAGUGGGCUCGAAUGUGGAAUAGCUGCAAUACUGGAUAUAUCCUAAAAGGUGAAGACGCUUCAUAUUAAGAACACAGGCCACCACUAACCCAAAAAAGUGACCACACGUACAUCUUGGAGUCUCGGACUUUGUGCCUAAAUGGAGAAACUGAGCUGUGUGGGCACAGAACGCCAUCAGUCUGACUGCACGCGUGAUCCCAUUGUACCGCAGAGUCACAGUGGAGCUCUUGCUCUCUAUAUAGAAGCUUCAGCUGUGAUGGUCUGACUGGGUCUCUGGAGUUGAGUACUUUGUUUGGUAGUCAGCUGUUGUUGCUAUCAGAAGUUGAGGUUCUUGUUCCAUCAGUACAACCAGUGUUUCACUGUCAGAAUAGCUCAAAUGGACAGUGCUUCAGCACCUUUAUGUCUUCAGCCAUUAAUGCUUAAAAUCAAAUCUGCAGUUUUCCCUUCACCGCAAAUGUCCAUCAGGCAGGACAUGUUUGGUGUCUAAAGCUUGCUUCUUUAUUUUAUUUCAUUUUAUUUAUUUAUUGUGGAUAUUAUGGAUAGCACUGUUAGAAGCUACACAAAUAAGUCUGAAUAUAGUUACUGAAUGUAGUCUAAAUGUAGUUCACACGGUACUGAGGCAAGUGUGUGAUAAUUUUAGUCAUGUAAUUUGGACAGUGCUAAUUGGUGGGGUAAUAGGAAUGUACAUUCUGACUAAUUUUGAUAUUCGAGUAUCUGUAGUUUAUGAAUGGAUAUCCUAUCAGGAUGGGCAAAUACUGAAAUAUUGAUAGUUCUGAUCCUGACAUUGCAUUUUGAGAACUGAUCUUCACAUUACAGUAUCAAUACUAAGUGAGAAUGGUACUGAGUGCUAGUUGGUUGGCAUUACAGCUACUGAGUGCUGGUUGGUUAGCAUUACUGCUACUGAGUGCUGAUUGGUUGGCAUUACAGCUACCAAGUGCUGAUUAGUUAGCAUUAUUGCUACUGAGUGCUGAUUAGUUGGCAUUACAGCUACUGAGUGCUAAUUGGUUGCCGUUCCUGUUAGUGAGUGCUGAUUAGUUGGCUUUACAGCUAAUGAGUGCUGGUUGGUUGGCAUUACUGACACUGAAUGCUGAUCAGUUGGCAUUACUGCUUUUAAGUGCUGAUUGGUUAGCAUUACUGCUACUGAGUGUUAAUUAGUUGGCCUUACAGCUACUAAGUGCUGAUUGGUUAGCAUUACUGCUACUGAGUGCUGAUUGGUUGGCAUUACAGCUGAUCAGUGCGGGUUGGUUGGCCUUACUGCUACUAAGUGCUGGUUGGUUGGCCUUACUGCUACUAAGUGCUGGUUGGUUGGCAUUACUGCUACUAAGUGCUGAUUGGUUAGCAUUACUGCUACUGAGUGCUGAGUGGUUGGCAUUACAGCUGAUCAGUGCGGGUUGGUUGGCCUUACUGCUACUGAGUGCUGAUUAGUUGGCAUUACAGUUACUGAGUGCUGAGUGGUUAGCAUUACUGCCACUAAGUGCUGAUUGGUUAACAGUACUGUUACUGUGCACUGAUUGGUUGGAAUUACAGCUACUGACAGCUGAUUGGGAGGGGGGUGGGGCGGAGCAGCUCAUUGGAUGAGCGAAGCAGCGUGCUCACUAAUGUCAUAAACGUAUAUUAGGCGCUGAUAUAAAGUCCUGUAUCUGGAGUUUAAAUGCACUUCAAAAUAUAACAGCAGUGUUAAAAUGUGUUGUGCUGUUCUGUGUUGACUGAGUGGCGGCUCUCCUCACUGCGCAUUCUGUGGCUCAUCCCUGUGGGCAGUAAGCUUCCUUUACUUGUUUCACACAUUAGCCUCGUAGCUGUAAAACUGAAGAAGCAAACUUCAGACACCAGUCCUGUUUUGGCUGAGUACAUUUGGAAGGGGGAAAUGAUGUAGAUCUAUUUAGUUUUAAACUAAGCUGUAAACAUCAUCCUUCUCUCAGCUCUACACCUGCUCAGGAUGAAUGCUGCUUCAGUGUUUUGUUACAGUUGCCUCUGUACAGAACAAGAUGUUAUUCAGAACCUUUUUUCCUUUGGAAAGUACUGAAGUUUAUGCAGAAACUAGUCAGUGUCAUGCUUGAAACUUUACAAAAAUACGAUAAUGUGAAUGGCUUCUUGCCUCUAAUGCACUUGUCGGUCAGCUUUGACUGGAGGAACGACUUUAACUCACAUUGAAUCUUUAUAGAUUGUGCACCACUGGCUUACUCACAAUGGCAGACUGGUCCACUGUAGAUGAGCUUGUGCAUUAAAACGUCAACACUUACAUCUUUAGUGCCAACGACCUGUAAUGAGUGACCGCAGGUGAAUGAUUUAAAGGGGAAUCCAAAGUUUUUUUUCAAAAUUUAUGCAAAACUUAUCAAAUGAAAUGUAAACAUUUAUUCGGAGAUGUUUGACGUGAAAUGAUUCAUUGUAGAGAAAAUGACUCGGAUUUCUUUACAGUGGUGGUGAUAGGAACCAGGGGUCACAUCAUCUGCAACACAAAUAUAGCCAUU